GCGUCACUCUGCUGUUCAGACUGACUGACAGUCGACAUCCAGACAACAUGAAGGCUUCAUCUGUGUCUCUGCUGCUCGGUGUGUCUGUGCUGCUGCUGUCUGGACUGACUGAUUCUGCAGAUUCUCAGGUUACUCUGGAGAUUCCUGCACUUCCUGUGGUGGCAGGAAGUGAUGUCACUCUGCGCUGUAGAACCAAAGAUCAGGUCACACUUGAAGCCUUUUUCAUCAGGAAUGGUUCUAAACUUGGAUCUGGACCUGAAGGACAGUUUACCAUCAGGAACAUCAGUCAGUCUGAUGAAGGUCUCUACUGGUGUUAUUUUGAUCAGACUGCUGAAUCUCCUCGGAGAUGGCUGAGUGUCAGAGAUUCUCAGGUUAUUCUGGAGAUUCCUGCCCGUCCUGUGGUGGCAGGAAGUGAUGUCACUCUGCGCUGCAGAACCAAAGAUCAGGUCGCACUCGAAGCCUUUUUCAUCAGGGAUGGUUCUAAACUUGGAUCUGAUCUUGAAGGACAGUUUACCAUCAGGAACAUCAAUCAGUCUGUUGAAGGUCUCUACUGGUGUUAUUUUGAUCAGACUGAAGAAUCUCCUCGGAGAUGGCUGAGUGUCACAGGUCCUACUGCCCCUUCAACUUCUACUUGUACAUCCGCUCCUCCUUUUCCUUCUUCUUCUUCUUCUUCCUCCUCCUCCUCUCCUUUCUCCUCCCCAGCUUCCCCCCCUCUUUCCCCUCCACUUGGUGCAGCUGUGGGUUCUCUGGUUCUUCUGGUACUGGUUCUGGUCCUGGUCGGAGUUCUGUUGCUCCGCAGGAAUCAAACAGAUGCUGUCAGAUCUGCUCAAAGGAAACACACUGCAGGUCUGGCUGUGCUGACUGCUGCAGGUGCGGCUGUGUUGCUGAGUGGACUGCUUGUUUCUGCAGACUCCUCUCUGUCUGUGCUCAGACUCUGCUGCCAUCUAGUGGUCUUCUGUCCAUACUGCGUCUCUACUGGUCUGAUGCUGUCCAUCUGCUGCAGCAGGAAGACAGGAAACAAACCAGCCGUCUCCAUGGAGAUGACCCAGCGGGUUGGAGGAAGUGACGAAUUGGAUGGCAAGUGUGAUGACAUCACUGCUGAUGUCAUCACUGAGCACGCCUUCUGAGCUGUGAACAGAGUGACAGCAGCUGUCUUUAACAAUAACAUGAUGGAUCUGAAGUCAGCUCCUGGAUCAGUUUGAAUAUAUGAAAAUACUGAUAAUCAUCAUCAUGUGUUUUCUUAAAUUUUCAGUGGUCAGAAAUAUAGUGUAGAGUUAUAAAUAAACACAUAAAGUGCUAGCUUCCGUAGAUUAGCAGACUCUGUAUAACCAGUGAAUAAGUGUGUUGCUUAGUUUCUGACCGUCUACAGAUGGUGACAAAUGACAAGAGGAAGCAGCAGGAAGUGUCUUCUGAACAGCUUCAUGGCUUUUUAGACCCAGAAAUUCUGUUUGGUUUCUUUAUUCUCUUCUCUUCUAUCUCAAAGUGUUUCUGGACGUAGGCUUUGUAUGUUUUUAAGCUUUGCUAAAUAAAACUAGGUAGAUAAUUUUAAUCUAUUGAAAGGUCGAUGAUUCUCUGACCCCGAUCCUUUUAUCCCCUUAUCCAGCUUUUCCUAAACAACAUUUCAGUAACGCUUCUAAACAAUUCUCUAAAAUGUUGCCAAUCUUUGUUCCUCUAGAGAGGGAGAAGCAGCGCAGGUGUUAGCAGGGGCGGAUUGGCUAUUGGGAGUUGUGGGAACAAUCCUGAACAGCUGAUCUAUUUUAGGCCGAACCAGCCGGUUUUCAAGAGUUUUUAUUUUUCAGUUUCUUAUGUUCAACUUUAAAAUGAUUUGCGACCGCGUUGGCCGGUCAGCUGCAGUGUACACGGUCUGUGUCUUUUAGACUGGGCCAAACCU